AUGUACAUCGAAGAGGUCAUCAUUGAUGGGUUCAAGUCCUAUUCCACGCGCGUGACUGUCGGACCCUUUGAUCGGCAGUUCAAUGCUAUCACAGGUUUGAACGGCAGUGGCAAGUCGAACAUCUUGGAUUCGAUUUGCUUCGUUCUCGGCAUCUCGAACUUGACUCAAGUCCGAGUGGGCAACCUCUCCGAGCUUGUCUACAAGCAGGGGCAGGCGGGCGUGACGAAAGCCAGCGUCACCGUCGUCUUCAACAACGAGGACAAGCAGGGCAGCCCUGUCGGCUAUGAGAUGCACGACAAGAUCAUCAUCACCAGGCAGAUCGUCAUCGGGGGCCGGAAUCGCUACCUCCUGAACUCGCACAACGUCCAGCAGAACCAGAUCCAAAAUCUGUUCCAUUCCGUGUCCCUGAAUGUGAACAAUCCUCACUUCCUCAUCAUGCAGGGCCGGAUUACGAAGGUCAUCAACAUGAAGCCCCAGGAGACCCUCAGUAUGAUCGAGGAGGCUGCUGGUACCCGCAUGUACGAGAACAAGAAGGCCGGGGCUUUAAAGACCUUGGAGAAGAAGCAGAACAAGGUCGAUGAGAUCAACCGCCUCCUCUCCGAGGAGAUCACUCCGACCUUGGAGAAACUCCAGAAGGAGCGAUCCAACUACAUGCUAUGGGUCUCCAACAACAACGAAAUUGAGCGCCUCGAGCGCUUCUGCGUCGCCUACGAGUACGUGCAGUUCAAGAACCGUCUGGAGAACAAGAAUCAGCAGCUCGAGGAGAUGGAGGAGACCCUUGGGCAGCUCGUCUCGGCGGUGAAGGCCCUCAUCGAGAGGGACGCAGCCAUAAACAAGGAGGUGAAGCAGCGGACGGCUUCUCGCGACAAGGCCCGCUCUCAGGAGCUGAAGAAGGUCGAAGACGAGCACAACAAGCUCUCCAAGGAGAUGGCUUCCUCGGAGUCCAAGCUGAAGAACAAGAAGGCUGAGCUCGAGUCAGAGAAGGAGCAUCAGAAGAAAUCCAGCUCAGGCAUGGGUGACCUCAAGAAACAGUUGGCGCAGAAGGAGGGAGCCUUCGAGAAAGAGAAGGGCAAGUACGAGAAGCUGGCGCAAGAGGAUGAGAACACCAAGAAGGAGAUCGAGCGCGCCCAGUGGUCCAUGCAGGCGCUGACGGCGGGAAUGGCUGAAGCCCCGGCACCGGAUGCCGGCGAGGGCCGCUCCAUGCGAGAGCAGCUCUUGGCAGCGCAGACGCGUCUGCAAGAGAUGCAGGCGGAGGAGAAGACCAAGACUAUGGCGAUAUCCAGCCUGAAGGAGCGCAUUCACAGCUCCGAGCAGAUCCUGGGCCGAAGCAAACAGGAGCACAAGCGCCUGGCAAAGGAGCGUGACGCGGUCGAAACCAUCAUCGUGGAGAAGAAGGAGCAGCUCGAGGCGGCAAACUUCGAUGCCGACGGUUUCGCACGUCUUCAACAGGCGAAGCGGCAAGCCGAGGCAAAAGCAACAAGGGCUGAGGGCUUUGCAGCUCUAAUGUCGGAUCUUUCAUGA